UGGAAGCACCGUCCAGCGACGGCCCAAGCCGCAAGUCCUCCGCUGACUCCGCACAAGCGGGGAGCGUGUGAGCGGAGGGUGGGGAGACUUCAAGGUUCCUUCCCCAGAACCUUUGGCUGCCAACGUUCUAUAGAACGCCAGUCGGAAGCCAGGAGCGCAUGCGCCCCCGGGACGGGCUCUCACACACCGCGCUCCCCAGCUGUUCCCUGCCUGGCCGCUGUUUGCCCGGGUGCGUGACGUGACAUCAGCUCCUGGGCAAGUCAGAACACGUACCGGGCGGCUGGGCAGGGGAGGGGACAGGCGGGGGGCGGGGAGGUGCACCAGCUGUGCGGAGAAAACAAGCCCUGGGCUCCUCCAGCCGAGCCGCAGAGACCGUGUCCCUGCAGCCGGCGCUCACCUCUCGCUCGGCGCCGCGGCGGUGCUGAACCUGGGCCGGGGAAGAAAGCGGAGAGCGACGCGGCGGGGGAGAGCCCGGGGAGCUGUUCAGCGCCGCCUGCCCGGCGCUGGGCUCCCCAGCAAGCGCCGCUGCCCCCUCGGGGUUCUCGGAGGAGAGGCGACGAGCGGAGCUGCCGUGCUCUGAUGGCUUAGGAGACCUGUGCGAGCUGGAGCUGCCCCGGAGACCUGCCCCGGGACCUUGCCGCAAGGGGGAAGCGCAAGACGGGCGCCCCGGACACUGGUGCUAAUUGAUGUGAGAGCCAGCAGCGAGGAGGAGGCAUGGGCCAGCGCGGGGCCAACGACCUGGCCAGCGCCGCUGCCUUGGGGAAUUUGGAGAAGGUGAUGGAGCUGCUGGACCAGAGGGCGGACCCCAAUGCAGUCAAUUCCUACGACAGGACGCCGAUCCAGGUCAUGAUGAUGGGAAACACCCGGGUGGCGGAGCUGCUGCUGCAGAGAGGAGCGGAUCCCAACCGCCCGGACCCGCGCACCGGCUCCCUCCCAGUGCACGAUGCGGCGCGAGAAGGUUUCCUGGACACCCUUGUGGCGCUGCACCGAGGCGGGGCUCGCUUGGAUCUAGGGGACAGAUCGGGCCGCCUCCCCAUUGACCUCGCUGUAGAGAGCGGGCAUCGGCAAGUGGUCAGCUACCUCCGAGCCCAGCCUGCAGGGAAUGCCGCUCCGCCCCAGGCAUAGGGCCCGGGCGGGUGGCAGCUCCCUGCGGGACUAACAGCGCUGCCCGGCUCAGCCACGGGCACCGCAUGAAAUGCUGGCCCCACUGCAGUCAAUGGACAUUUUGCCGUUAACUUCAAUGGAGCCAGGAUUCCACCCCAAGUCUUUCUACGGCAACCGGUGACCCAUCCGCCAGGGAGCUGCAGCCUUCAAAGCACACAGUGUGCAAAGAUAACCCACUUCUGAACGAACAGAUUUAUACUCAGCUUGGAUACGGUCAUAUUCCGUUUAUAGAGAGCUGCUAAAUAGCUGCAUUGGCGGGCAAGGAGCAGGUGUUCACUUGUGUUACAAUUUAAAAAAAUAUAUAUUGAAAAUCACUUCAGACAAACAUCGCUUCAAAAACUUUAAGAAGGAAGAACUCUUGUUCAAACAAAUUAAAACAAAGUUCAUAAAGAAAACAGACUAGGAGUUGGUAAGGUAGCACUGUAUGUAGGAGGCGUCCUGCCUGCCUGCAACCCCCAGCUGGUAGCACUCCAGUGAGUGUGUUGUCUAAGAUUUAUCCACCUUAUAACCGAACGGUAUGGGGUACCUUUUCAGAAAGCAGGCAGGACCAUGAGCCUGAUCUAAUUCCCUGUUAACAUCAAUGGAAAGAAUCCCAUAGUCUUGUAGGCAGCCUGAUAGCCUGAUUCCAUUUCUAUUAAACCCUUCAAGAAGGCAACAUAAUUUCCCAGCACAGAUACAUUUUUAAGAAAUACAUUGUCACACAAAAAAGCAUCAGUUGCAAGUGUAGCCAUUAGGGCGUGACUCAAAGUUGUGGAAAUAAAUGAGCGUCUCCUCCCGCCACGUCAAUUGGUUUUUAAUUAAGCCCUUCAUUAACUGUGGCAUCUAUGCGAUUCCUCGGAAGAUGUUAAAUAACCUGCAUUACAGCUAGAAGCCCUUGACUCUAGAAUCUAGAGCAGGACACGUCGAUGAGCCAUCAAUAUUUUCCCCUGGUUAUAUAGUGCAUGAUAUAAGAAAUAAAUACAUGCAUAGCACAAUCAUAAUAAAUAGCUUCAUCGGAAAUGUGUAUGCAGUAUGUACUGUUUAAGUAGCCUGUCCUGCAAGCUGCUGAAUGCUUUCAAUGUUUACUUAAAAGGCCAUUCAGCACCUUAAAGGAGUGGAACUUAAAUUUUACUCUGAUGUUGUUUAUUGGAUGGCAACCUUUCCUUAGCUCUACUCUGUUACAGUCAGAAACCCCUGGCUGGUCCAUUUGCUCAGCAUUGGUAACAGGAUUAUGGGCCCUUAAUCCCACACCUACUGCCAUUAAUGGGAAUCUUUCCCUGGAUACAUUGGAUCAGGCCCUCUAGGCGAACCAAAUGAUUUGAAGAAUAUUAGCUUCUUAUGGAGCUAACAGCUUACCUCUGGAGAGCGACUGUUUCCCAUUAGCUCGAAGGGAGACAUAUGUACGUGAACAUUAGACAGGUGUUUGUGUACAGUUAUUUUAAGUAAGGGACUGAACUGGGAGGAUUCUGGUGUUUAGAUUAAAAAACCCAAAUUAUAAAAAAACCACACUAUUACCUAAAGAACCUUUACAUUCCUUAUUAUCCACCAAGAGAAUCUCCCUGGAGAGAUGAAGCAGCAGGCGCCUAUGUUGUAUAUCAUCAUCAUCAUGGGGGGGGGGAGGGAAAAUGUUGUAUUCAGCAUAUUAAAUUCUUAGAUAAACUAGUGUUGUUUCUGUGAAUAGUACUAGACCCCUCUCAUAACAUAAUUCAAAAUACGCAAGUUGAUUGAUUGGUUUCUGUACUGAAGUGAUCGAGCAAUGCUAAAUCACAGAGGAAUGCUUUUAUUCAUAACAGUACUAGAAUAGGCAGCUUUGCAGUCUGAUAUUUUAUUUAGAUUUUAGAUUAGAUUAGAUUUAGAUUAGAUCCCUCACACUAUGAGGAAUGUGAGUAACUUUUCCCGUCUAAUUUUACUUUCGUAUACACCCAAAUUAAUUAUCCCAUUCUAAUUCCCACCAGUAGGGAAACUGUGAAAACACAGAUUCAGAAGCCUUUAAAAAUUUUAUACUAGCAAUGUGAACGUGUAUCGCUAGAAAAUAUUCCUGUUAUGAAAUCAAUAGUGCUUUGCCAUUAAUGGUCCCAAUCCUGGUUGCAUUGAAAUUAUUACAGAGUUUUGUUUUUAAAAUUCACAAAUAAGCAAUGGACACAAGCAACAGGUCCAUCCAAUGCAACAGCAGAAGAGCGUGUGAAUGUUUGUUGUUACUGAUAUCUGCACACCAGCUUCCCCCCAAAAGGAAAUUAAUGAAAGAACAGUUUAUAAAUGCGAUGGUGUAUUGCUUCUGCUUCCUAUCCAGUACUGCUUAAGCUGAUUAAGUAGCUGUUAUUGUUUACGUGCAAAAUAUUAAAGUGGGUUAUCAAAUUAU